UACCAGUUAUUUGUUAAUUCUUACAUUGUGUGUGAAUUGUGAGACAGUUAUUUUUUGUUUUUAAGCAUGUGCACUGACUGGUGGCGCCUUUUGAAUUUCGUUGUCCUUGUGACAAUGACAAUAAAGAUUUAUCUUAUCUUAUCUUAUCUUAUCUUAUCUUCUGCAUAAAUAAUCUAAACAGCGCCCUCAUGUGGUCACAAAUUCCAAUUAAAUACACAUUAAAUAGAGAAUAUUAACAGCACAUUCAAUUUCAGGACACUUUGUAAAACUAUUAAGUCCAGUUUACAUUAAAAAAUAUAUAUUAACAUUUUAACCCAAACAAAGUUAAUUACAUGCCUGCCUAUAAAACAAUACUAUGCUAGUUUCCUUUCUUCCUUUUCAAAACAAACAAACAAAAAAAUACUUUCACGUGGAGAGGAUAUUUAUACAAUUUUAUCGGAAGAUAAAGAAAACAAAAAGAUGAACAUCUAUAACAAAGAAAGGUAAUUGCAGCAGCUUUAGUGCGAUAAAAACAAUUAAAGAUGUUUGAAAAGAAUUGAAAUCCCCAACAGCAGCAGAAAUUAUCAGUAAAUUAAGUCUGUCCCACUGCGGAAAGCCUUGAAAACUUUUGCUCAUUAAAAGUCUUGCUUCUGGUAAACUAUCCAAGCAAAAGACAACUUUUCCUCUCUGACAGCUGUAAAAAGUGCUGCUGUUUAAUCCGCCGUUUGCCUGCAGGAUGUCAUCAUAAAAAGGCGCAGAGAUUUUGAAAAGAGCAAAAUAUCAACUCCUGAGCUCGCGCCUAUUAUUAGAAAGUGACGUAAUGGCGCUGAUGGCGCAUCUCCUCCGCUGUGUUGCAUCGCCGGAAUCAGCACCGUUAAAACGGAUUGCUGAUUGUCCCUCCUUUUCCCACAUGGACCGGAACCAGGCGGCACCACGUGACUCCGGAUCCCCGGACUGAGCCAGUUCAUCACACCGCAUCAUGGCUGCGGAGGAUGAGGCCGCGCGGUGCUGCCUCAGGUCCCCGCAGUCCCGCGGGGCUCCGCUCUCUCCGUCCCGCUGCCUGUGGCUCCUGCUCGGCCUCUGCUGGCUGCUGCCCACCCCGGCUCUCUGCCUGCUCGGCUUCCGUCCGGAGGAGACCGGAGCGGAGCUGUCCGUGGACGACGGGGUGCUGAAAGCCACGGAGGGAACCCGCUUCAUGCUGCGGGUGUACUACUCCACCUCCCCGCAGAGGCUCAACCGCACCGCGGGGACCCGCGCCAACAAUGCCGCGCCCUGGAUCGCCUUCAUCGAGGAGCCGAGUCCCGGCAGAGAGGGACAGGUCCACCCCAAGAGGAACAUGUGCAUGGACAAGAACGCCAGGACGUCCGACAUCGAGGUUUUAGGUUCCUUCAAGUCUGCUUCCAGUCAGAACUCAGUGCUGGUCGAGCUGCUGGCCAAAGACUUGCGAAGAGGGGAGAAGAUUAAGUAUUACUCCAUGUGCGCCUUCGACGGGUCCAAGUGGGAACACUACCGGACAAGAGACUUCUGGGUCGCCGUGACAGAGCGCUCUGCUGUCCCGGAGCUCUGGCUGCAGGUCCUGGUCUCCGUCCUGCUGCUCGGCUUAUCGGCUCUUUUCAGCGGACUGAACCUCAGCCUGCUGGCGCUCGACCCGGUGGAGCUACAAGUCCUGCAGAACAGCGGCACCGACAAGGAGCAGAACUACGCGCGAAAGAUUGAAUCUGUGCGUCGGCAUGGGAACUACGUCCUGUGCACGUUGCUGCUGGGCAACGCGAUCAUCAACGCGUCUUUGGCGGUGUGGAUGUGCCAGAUCCUGGGCAUGACCUGGCUCUCCACGGUAAUUUGCGCCUUUGGCAUCUUCUUCAUCGGGGAGAUUCUUCCUCACUCCGUGGCAUCGCGUCACGGCCUGGCCAUCGCGUCCAAAACCAUCUGGGUGACGCGGCUGCUGAUGGUGCUCUCCUUCCCCAUCUCCUACCCCAUCAGCAAACUGCUGGACCUCAUUCUCAACCAGGAGAUCUCCAACUUCUACACCAGAGAGAAACUGCUGGAGAUGCUGCGCGUCACAGACCCGUACCACGAUCUGGUGAAAGAGGAGCUGAACAUCAUCCAGGGCGCGCUGGAGCUGCGCACCAAGACGGUGGAGGACGUCCUGACGCCGCUGAGCGACUGCUUCAUGCUGGCGUCGGACGUGGUGCUGGACUUCAACACCAUGUCAGAGAUCAUGGAGAGCGGGUACACCAGGAUACCGGUGUUCGAGAACGACAGGUCCAACAUAUUGGACAUCCUGUUUGUCAAGGACUUGGCCUUCGUGGACCCGGACGACUGCACUCCGCUGAAAACCAUCACGCAGUUCUACAAACACCCGCUGCACUGCGUCUUCAACGACACCAAGCUGGACGCGAUGCUGGAGGAGUUUAAAAAAGGAAAGUCUCACCUGGCCAUCGUGCAGCGCGUGAACAACGAGGGCGAGGGCGACCCGUUCUACGAGGUGAUGGGCAUCGUCACCUUGGAGGACGUGAUUGAGGAGAUCAUCAAGUCGGAGAUUCUUGAUGAGACGGAUCUCUACACUGAUAACCGGACAAAGCGGCGGGUUUCCCACCAUGAGAGGAAGCAGCAGGACUUUUCCAUCUUCAAACUGUCGGAAAAUGAAAUGAAAGUCAAGAUUUCCCCUCAGCUGCUCCUGGCAACACAUCGCUUCCUCUCCACAGAGGUGGAGCCCUUUAAACCUGCGCACAUCUCAGAGAAGAUCCUGCUGAGGCUCAUCAAGCACCCCAGUGUGGUCCAGGAACUCAAAUUCGAUGAGAAGAACAAACAAGCUCAGCACCACUUCCUCUUCCACCGUAACAAACCGGUCGACUACUUCAUCUUAGUUCUGCAGGGCCGAGUUGAGGUGGAGUUUGGCAAAGAAGCGCUGAAGUUUGAGAAUGGGGCUUUUUCUUAUUUUGGAGUACCUGCCAUCAUGUCAACUGUCCACAGAUCGCCCUCUCACAGCUCUGAGUCCAUGCUGUACGCCGGAAGUUUGGGUCAGCUGAACGGAGGAGGGAACUUCUACCUGCCGGACUACUCCGUGAGGCAGCUCACCCCCCUGCAGAUCAUCAAGAUUACACGUAGCCACUACCAGAACGCGCUGACAGCCACUAGAAUGGACACCUCCCCUCAAACUCCUGACGCUGACAUCCGCCUGGCAGAGGCCAACACCCCGACCCCUGACCCUUCAGCCACAGGCAAUGCUGCUACGCUCAUGCCCUUUGAGCCGACCACAGCCACCCUGCUGCCUCCGCCCAGGGAGCCCAGCCGGCCCAGCUCGGCCCGCACCAGAGGACAACAGUCCAGCGUCCCACACAGCACCUCAGUGCUGAACGAGAAGAACCGCAUCGUCCGCAGUAAGUCUGACGGUCAGAAGAGUCCCAGUGAUUCUGUGUUCCUCAGGAUGGAUGAGAUCCCAUACAUCCGAGAGGACAGAUCAGAGACCGACACACACUCAGACAUGGCCGCGGUUCCCAUAGAAACAGACACAUCGCCUUUCAUCAGCAGCAUGUCGCUGAGCGGCUCAGAGGACACGCUGGGCAAGAAACUGCUACUCAAACUUAGUCACAAGAAACGGAAAAAGUCCCGUGAAGGAGACAAAACCCCAGAGGACAUUUCAGAGCAGCCGCUGGUCAAAACCUAGCAGUGACUGAAACAGAGCAGAAGACGCCAUCAUCUGAUGGCUUCAUAAAGACUACAACUAUCAGAGUUUAAUCUGAAAACACACACGCGCACUGACGGUGACUUUAAACGAAACCUACCGGAGUUUGCUGGUCAAUAAGAUCAUUUUUUUGACUUCAGGUUGUGAAUUAGAAAUAAACAAUAGCCUCUCAUCUUUACCACUCCACAUUUUUCACAGACAGCUGGCAUGCGAUGGGGAUUUCUAAUAUUUCUAUUGACAUGAAAGUCACAACAGAUGAUGGGAACAACACAAAUAAUCCACAUACAAAGGGAUCAGAGGCUGCCUUCACACUGCAGCCCGGAAGUGACCCAAUUCCGAUUUUUUGCUUUAAUGAGAUCUGUAUCUGAUCUUUUCAUGAGUCUGAACAACACAGGUCGGAUUUUUUUGUUUUAGAAUUUGACCCGGGCCACUUGGAUAUCCGAUAUAUAUCCGAUCUUUUGAAAUAAACCUGAACGUCCAGGUCGCAUUCAUCCGACCUGAACGAAAAACAACCAUGGCGGACUAUAAUGAGGGUUAAGCUGUUAAUGUGCUGGCUCUGGUCGGACAACAAAUUCAAAAUUGUAAGCUAUGGUCCACUGUUAGCAUCCAUGUUUACUUCAGUAAACGCUGAACACUUCUUCUUCUUCUUUAUGGCGGCUGGCAAAACACUGAGCUCACUCUCUGUGUGACGUUAUUGCACCCUCUACUGCGCUUUUCUACUUUUCAUUCUAUUGGCUGAGACGGUUGCCAGGCCACAAAGCUUUUUGUUUCGAGAGAGAGCAGAAAAUGAUUUGCAAGCAAGCAGAGAUUUGAUCCAAGCAGAGACAAGUUUUGGGCGAGAGGAGAAAGGUUUGAGAGAACGCAGUGAAUAUUUGAAAAGGAGCAGAAGUUUUGAGAGAUGAAGUUUGUUUUCAGACGGGAAAUGUGUGCUCUCGACUUGUUGCAGUAAGAUUCCCCCAUAAAAUUUGUUUAAAGAUUUUAUUAAAGCCAUAGAAAUACUAGGAGUUUAGUCUAGUCAUAGUAAAUAAUGAUAUCUGCACAUCACUCCAAACACACCAUCCUAAAAGGGAACUACGUCUUCAAUAGUUUAUUACUGUAUCAUUUAAUUCUCUGCCCAUAGCUUCAUUAUUUGAGUAAUUUGCUUUGAUUAAAUUGCAUGUACGGGUGGUUUCAGUUGUUAUCGACAUCUUGGUGUACAUUUCAUGUCAAUGGAAAUAUUUGCUGAGAAAAAAUUUUGAAUACUUUAAGUAUUUAUGAAGGACUAACUGAAUGUAAAAAAAUAUGAAUGACUAAGUUUUCAUGCACUUCCUGGGUGGAGAUAACAGGAAUGUUGGUACAGAGGAAACACACCAAAGACUCCAAACAUGUUGCUGUUUGGUACCUGCAGCUCCAGGAGACAUUCAACGAAACACCACUGCUCACUUUGAUUUGAUGUUCCUGAGGUCAGGCUUUGCUUCGUGAAUUGUCUUUACACAUUAAAACCACAAAAUGUAAUCUCUAAA